AUGCCUCCGCAUAGGGAUGUCUCUCUGGCGUCCGUUUGCUUCGUCGACGUUGCACAAACGCCGGCAUCCCAUCUACCCUUGCACUUCGAAAGUCUGAAUCUCUACGGUCAGACUGCAAAAUUACUCAAAGGGCGGAUGAUAGCGGAUGUCAUCGGCGGAGUGGACUCCCUCACCAUGUGCAUCAUGGAUUGGCAAGAUUAUCACCUGUGGCGUGCGCUUUCGGAACCAGGCAAGGGCGUCGUGCAUUUGGAGCUGGAAGUGCUAUGGACGUUGUCGAAAGAGGAGCGAGAUGUCUUGUGCUACUCCGACAAGGCAUGGAACACCGGUAUGAAGCUGCAAGAACUCACGCUGUGCUCGAGUAGGGGCUAUGCUAAGCAUAGCGGAAGGACCGCGGACGGGUGUUGGGCAAGUCACCUACUUCUUACGAUCCAGACCCAAGAGCUCGCGCUCAUCACAUUGCGUGUCUUUCCUGCGGAUGAUCCCGGUAUUUGGGACCGAUUCGAUUGGGCUGCAGUUGAUGAUGCGGUGACGUCUAAGGACCGGUUUCCGGCUCUGGAAGAACUCGUGAUCGAUAUGGUCUUGCCGAGGGCGCGCAUAGCAGAGUCCUCGUUAUACGAGGAGAGGGUGAACCGACUUCUACCCAAGGCGUUGAAGCAGAAUCUGCUGAUCAUUGAGGGUAGAGAGGAUGACUGGCCUGCGAUAGAAGAUCCUUCAGCUAUGCAAUUAUGA